UACACUUGUAUUUUAUUAUCGUUUAUAUAGAAUUAUUGUUUGAUAAUCGAGAAGAGAGUUGUACAGUUAGAAAUCUUAUCGUAUAUACAGACGAGUUUUUUAAUUCACCGAUUCAUCUGUAAAAGAAGCAUUUGCGCAAUUAAUCAAUCUAUAAAUUACAAAAAACUAUAUAUCUUCACUUUUAUAAAUUCAGCCAAUCGAAAAUUUAAAUUAAUUGUUGAUCUGGUCGACAUCAAUCUGGAUUUGAUCUUAAAGCAUAUAAGUAAAUCCAGCUGCGAAAUGUUCUUACAAGCCGCAAGAACGAGAACUGCACCCGGGACCGCGAGAGAGAUCUAAAAUAAGAAGAGAGUGGAAGGGGAGUAUCUCAUUUAAAGGGCGCUCGCAGUUCAUCCCGUCGUAAUCUACACGUUAUCUCGUUAUCUUCGUGUCGCGUGGUCCACGUGGAGGUUGCAGAUUCGCUUCACGGGGCGGCCGCCGAACGUCCGUCGCGCGUUCCUCGUCCGCGCGUCUUAUCGGUGGGUGGUGCGUUGUCCUCCCAUAGUUCCCAAGUGCCCAUACCCAUACGAGCGCGGAAGGUGGGGGUGCGUGCCGCGUAAGUACAGAGAUCGCCGUUCCUGCUGACUUGCUGAUGUGGAAGAAGCCGUGGGGGUCGUGGAAGGAGAGGUCCGUCGUUCCUCCAUUUCGGCGCGAGAGAGACGCCUCGUAGACUUGUCGUCGUCGUCGCGCCGCCUCCUCGAUCGCGCUUUUAUUCUCCUUUUUCCUGUUUCGGAACUCCGUGGAAUGCGAGCACCCAUGUUACUCCAAAUCCUCAUCGGAUUCUCCGUCCUAGCGACGGCGAUUCCGAAGCAGGCGAUUCCGGACGGCGAGCAUCGCGUUUUAAAUCAGGAUGCGGGCAGUAAGGAUCACUAUGUUCACUCCCAACACAAUCCGGCCUACGAUCACGAGGCCUUUCUCGGGGAGGAAUCCAAGACCUUCGAUCAGCUCACGCCCGAGGAGAGCACCAGACGGCUGGGGAUAAUCGUCGAUAAGAUCGACAAGGACAGCGAUGGUUACGUGACGCAGGAAGAGCUCAAGGAUUGGAUAAUGUAUACGCAGCAGCGCUACAUCAGGGACGAUGUGGAGCGUCAGUGGAGGUCUCACAAUCCGACGGGCAAGGAAAAGCUCUCCUGGCUGGAGUACAAGGAUAUGGUUUAUGGCGACAUGGAGGAACAUGAGGCGGAAAAACGGGAGAGCGGCAAAAGGAUGGACGAGACGGCCUCGUAUCUUCAGAUGUACAAAAGGGAUCGUCGGAGGUGGACUACCGCGGAUCUAGACGGCGACGACGCCCUGACGAAGGAGGAAUUCACCGCCUUCCUCCACGCAGAGGACGCGGAGCAUAUGAAGGACGUGAUAGUGCUGGAAACCAUGGAGGAUAUCGACAAGGACGAAGACGGAAAAAUAUCUCUCGCAGAAUAUAUCGGUGAUAUGUACAGGGGUGAGGAAGGUGAAGAGGAACCAGAAUGGGUGAAGAAUGAGAAAGAACAGUUUUCCUUGUACAGAGACAAAGAUGGAGACGGAUUCUUAAAUGCCGAUGAGGUGAAAACGUGGAUUAUUCCCGCGGAAUUCGAUCACGCCGAGGCGGAGUCGAGGCACUUGAUUUACGAAGCAGACACGGACGCGGAUCACAAGCUGACGAAAAACGAAAUCUUGGAGAAAUACGAUAUCUUCGUCGGAUCUCAGGCAACGGACUUUGGCGAGGCGAUAACGAGACACGAUGAGUUUUAACUAGGUGCAAUCUCAUAAGAGAAAGAAAAUCAUUAACGAACAAAUUACUUAUAAUACUUAAGUCUACUUAAAAUCUAGUUUAUUUACGAAGAAAAAUAUUUAUCUAUUUGCCCUACAGAUAUCUGUAUCACAACUAAAUCACUAAUUUACUAUCUUAGGAAUCAAGAUGAUGACGACAAUGUAUAUUAGUGUGUAGGCGUAACACCUAAUUCAUACUGUCGCCAUCAUUUUCUUAACUUCCAAAAUGGUAAAUUGAUGAUCUAAUUGUAGAUCUAGUUUAUCUGUGAUUUGCCCUAAUAAGUACAUGUGUUUUAUAUAUCGUGGAUGUUCGCAUAAUUGAUAUUAUAGAAAGAGAGAAUGCAUGAAGUGCUAUAUCUGCCAAAAAUUGUGAAGCUUGAUUUUAGCUGUUGUUACAAUAAAAUUUUUAUAUUGUC